CCACAGAACAGUUCGCUGAGCACCUGCCUUAAAUUUCGCUGACCGCCUCGCCAGAAACAGGCCCAGGUUACUUUCCGUUUGUAUAUAGACUUACACAUAGAAGAAUCUGAUAUUGAGACCCUUACAGCACCGAGGUCUUCGGGCAGUUGCACUGGGAACUUCUCUCCAGUUUGCCGCGUUUUGGCCCGCGCAGGGAGGCAGAAUCACCCACAGUGCUUUGGUGUUUCUAUAGGGCACCAAAAUGGGGGGCAAAACAAAGGUAGACGAGGACCGAGCCAAAAAGGCCACCAUCAAUACCGCACAAGCGUGCCAAAUCGUGUGUCCGCCGGACCGGCACAUUCCGGUCGAGUUCAAUGAAAUCUACAUGCUGGUGCGAACGGGCAUGACCACGGCGGAGAGAACUCGCUUUGAGAAGAUAGCGCAGCUGGUGGAGAGCCUAUACGCGCAGGAGUUCAUGCUGCUCCGCCGCAACCUCAAACACAACUUCCUGCGCUUCAGCUGCGGCGCCAAGGACCAGCCGCUCAUCAGCGCCGUGGGCAGCGGCCUGCCGACAGUGGCGGAGCUGGACAACAGCGAGGUGAAGCUGAUUGCGGACUUCAUGCAGCUCAUGUGCGCGGCACGCUUCCACAUCAUGACCACUGCGGAGUGGGAGCUGGCCAAGGCGGACAAGUUCAUGUUCUCGCUGCCCGUGGAGGUGAACUGGGACUACUACGACGACCGCAUGCUCAAGUCCUUCUGGGCCUCCACCCCCGAGCGCCAGGAGCUGCGCGCCCGCCUGCCCGACAUGGCGGACCGCGUGCUGGUGUUCCACAGGGGCAUCACCGUGGCGCAGGAGACGGGCAUGUACACGAACGAGAAGAUCGACCUGCUUAUCGACUACCUGUUCACAAAGCCCAUCCUCAAGCUGUGGCGGCGCAUCCGCGGCAUCAAGCCCGACCUGGUGGGGCCGCGCACACUCAACCUGACGGAGAGCACACACGCGGCACGCAAGGUUGUGGAGCGCAAGACGCUGCGGCUGCACAUGCCCACCGCCUGGGCCGUCAUCAAGAACUUCCACAAGAAGCUCAAGCUGCAGGAGCCGGCCUUCAAGGAGGUGGUGGUGCUGUACCGCGCCAGUGUGGACCACAAGAAGAAGGCGCACAAGCUGCCCGCCAUCCAGCGGCCCGUGGACCAGCGGCAGCGCGAGAUCCUGCAGCGGCGCAACAUCCACAUGAAGUGCUUCCACGACAUCCCCAUGGCCGACAUCGACGUCAUCUUCGCGGACAAGAAGGUGUACCUGAAGAUGCUGACCAUCAUUCAGAUGGUGGUGACGGUGGUGGGAGGCCUGGUGGCGGCGGCGGCGGUGCUGCUCAAGGGCGACAAGGUGGACAUGAACGUGCUGUGGUCGUCGCUGUCGCUGGUGGCGGCGCGAUGCGGCCAGGUGUACACCAGCGCGCAGGCGGAGCGGAGCAAGACCAUCCAGGACAUGGUGAACAUCCUGUACGACAAGACCUCUGACGCGCAGGAGGGCGUCAUGAGCAUGCUGCUGGAGGACAUGGCGGACCAGCAGCUCAAGGAGGCCAUCCUUACCUACGCGCUGCUGCUGCUGCGGGAGGCGGAGAUGACGGAGCAGAUGCUGGACGCGGACUGUGAGAAGUUCCUGCAGAAGCAGUUCGACCUGUCCAUCGACUUCGCGGUGGAGGACGCCCUGACUCGGCUGGAGGAGUGGCACAUGGUGCGCCGCAUCCAGCCCAAGGGCGCGCCGCGGCCAAAGUUCGAGGCCCUGAACGUGGAGGAGGCCGCUCACAACCUGGAGCGGCAGUGGGAGGCCGCGUUCGAGGCGCUGUCCGAGCCGCCGGACGUCAACGUGUUCCCGCUGCUCAACCUGGUCGCGGAGUCGGAGCACACCUCGGCGCCCUCGGCCCGUCGCAAGGCCCGCAUCGAGGCCAUGCGUGCUGAGAUAGACGCGGCAGAGAAGGAGAAGGCGGAUAAGGAGAAGGAGGAGAGGGACAAGGCCGCGGCCGCGAAUGGCACCACGGCGAACGGCGGGUUGAAGGUGUCUUCGGCGGUCGCAGGAUCGAAUCUGAAGCCCUCGCCAUCGGGCCAGGCUCUGCCGGGCGCUAGCUCGCUGGAGCAGAAGAAGAGCGGCGGCGGCUUUUUGGCGAGCCUGGGGCUGGGCGGCAAGAAGAAGGAGGCAUGAUUAGCAGGAGGAGCAGGAGGACCAGAAGAAGGGGAAUGCUGACGGGUUGGAACCGAUGGGCGCGUGGGCAGCGCGUUGGGUAUUAGAGGGGCGUUUGGAGGAGCGGGAGAGGCGGCGGGAGCCCGGGAGUUGCAAGGGCGGACUCAGGGACCGCGUGUGGGGCAUGGUUGGUGGUAGUGCUGCGGUUACGGCUGUAGGGAUGACAUGGCCAUUGGGCCGUAUGGGGGCAGUGUGUGUUGGCAAGGUGAAACCAUGGGGAAGUGCGACUGCUGACUUUGUGACGCAUGGCGUUGUCAACCGCAGCGGCUUGUUGCUACUCUAGCAAGCCGUGGUGUGGCCGAGUCCUACCGUGGCCGGAAAUGGCGAGCCGUGGUGGCUACUCUACCACAGAGCAUUGACUGGUGUUUGGGUGAGUGGCACUCGCAGAUGAAUUGUGAAUAAGGAAUUGAUUUGCGGUACGAGAGCUGCCCUUCCAUGCUCGGCACAUGCUGUACAGCGCUAGUUAAGCUCCAGUCGGCGAAUAAGGAAGCGCGCAUGGCGUCCGUUUUGCACGGACUCGGACUGGCUUCACGGCGGGCAGUGGCGCCGUGCGAUACGCGUGUGUCGGGCUGCCCGCUGUGAGGCACAUGUGACGAGGGGACGUGACGUGAAGCUGCGCACCUGAGCUCGGCAUGCAUGUGCAUCUGCAUAAUCUUUUCAGUCAGGCUCAACUCUGGAGGAGCUAAGGUAGUUUCGAAAACCUGCGGCCUCAGACAUGCGCCAACGUGGCGUGGGCGCAGCCCACUGUUCCUUCCUGUCGGGCUGUAUAUAGCUGUGUACGUACGGCUGUGUUAAUAGGGAAGCGGCAAGCGCGCUGUGUGUGCACGGACGUGUGCGCGUGUGCCUGUGUGGCAUGCUGGUACCGUGGUAUGAGCCUGGGAGGAUGGAGGGGGCGGCAAGUGGUUUUGCCGUCGAUAAUCCAAGAUACCAAGACAAUGAGUCAAUAACACAAAUGGUGUGGGGCGUGGUUACCCAGAUGCUGUUCAAGGAACGUAUUGGUGCGUGUGUUCUUAUGUGUGGGAGAUGAAAGCGUGGCCCUGGCACGCGGAGGCGUCUACGUACGUCUAGGAGCAAGAUCGCGAAGAGAGCCUGGAAUGGUUGAGAGCGACAGGCGAGCCGCCAUCGGUGUUCACCUGUGUUCGCACAAGCGGGAGCUGGCUAGACUGCGCGACAACGCGGUUCACAUUUCUGCACGCUUUGUUCAGCACGUGUCGAAGUGUCGGGUGGGGCUGUGUGCCUGGAACCCGAAAGGGUAACCCCGUGGGUUAACCCCUUCAAGAGUUCAAUUGGGCCUGUAAUAUCAGAAGAAA